AUGGUCCAGCAGGCGCAGUGUCUUCUCCCCAGCUUUGGUACCACCUUUAACGGCCCUAAACGACCCGUCUCAAUCAGAGCAAAAACGACGUCUGCGCAGAACGCCAAGUUACUUUCCGCGUUUGACCGCAACACAUUAGACUCGAUCCUAAAAACUGCAUGGGGGUUGCUGCUUUACCGGUAUACCGGCUCGGAGGAUGUCUGUUUCGGAUACCGGAGCCAUGGUGCUCGAGCUUUUGGUUCCCAUUCGUCGGACGCCGAAAGGCUCUUGACGUGCAAGCUCACAAUCGAUGAGCAGGAUACAAUUAAGACCCUCUUGGAGAAAUCCUGGGGUGAAAACGGUUGCCUAACUGACGUCAACGGGGGCGGGUGCCUCAAUGCGGACUACGAUACUUACUCGCUGUUUAAUACCGUGGUCAUGGUACGAGUCUGCGGUGAUCGUGGAAAAGCAAGGACUUCUGUGCGACCCGUACUCCCGAGUAUACUUCCACAAGAGUGUCGUGCUAGACUUCACGUGAAGAUUCUGCAAGACGAUGUUUGCAUUUUCUUGGAAUGGUGGAAUACGGAGAUCUCUACGACACAGAUGGAAAGUGUCGCCGGGUACUUCGAGCAUUUGCUUGACCAAGUCGUUUUCAGCCAAGAUACUCCCGUUGUUGAAGCAGGUUGCUUCCUUGAACAUGACUGGGACCGUAUCUAUAAGUUCAAUUCGGUGUUGCCAGAGGCCCGUGACCGUUGCAUCCACGAUAUUAUCAGUGAGAACGCGCGACUCCACCCGGAGCGAGAGGCUGUUUGCUCUUGGGAUGGCAAUCUUACCUACGGAGAACUGGACGGGCUCAGUUCUGAGCUUGCGCAUUAUCUAAAAUCUCAUGGGGUGGGUCCGGAGAUGCUCGUUGCCCUCUGCUUUGAUAAAUCGAAAUGGAAUAUCGUGGCUAUGCUCGGUGUUUUGAAGGCUGGCGGUGCAUUUGUCCCCCUUGACCCGACUCAUCCGACCUCUCGGUUGCGGUCGUUGGCCGCGUCUGUGGACGCGAAAAUCAUGCUAUGCUCCAGAAGCAGGUCAGAGCUUCUGAGCCAGGUGGUAAAGGAAUUGAUACCACUGGACGAGCAAUUAUUCGCGAACAUAUCUCCUUCACCCAGAGGAUAUGCCCAGGAAGAAACCAAAAGCACCAACGCAGCUUACCUGAUUUUUACUUCUGGCUCAACAGGACAGCCCAAGGGUACGCUGCUAGAGCACAGGGCUUUCGUUACCUGUGCUACGGCAUUCGGCGGGCCAAUGGGCUUGAACGCUGAUACUCGCAAACUACAAUUUGCAGCCCAUACAUUCGACUGUAGUCUUGCCGAGUCGUUGGCUGUACUCAUACAUGGAGGUUGUAUAUGUGUGCCGAGCGACGAAGAACGUUUGAACGAUAUAGUAAAGGCAAUUACCAGGAUGAGAGUCAACUUUACGUCUUUGACUCCAUCUUUUGCCAGAUUUGUCGAGCCGUCGAGUGUCCCAGAGCUAAAGACUAUCCUCCUAAUGGGGGAAGCAAUGUCGCGAACAGACCUGGAAAGGUGGUUGCAUAUUCGGCUCCUCAACGGAUAUGGGCCCACAGAGGCGGCGGUUUGCUCUUCUAUCAAAGAAGACAUCGACGUGAAUUAUGACUGCCGAGAUAUUGGGUUACCGACAGGUACGCUUUUCUGGGUGGUGAACCCAGAUGACCACAACCAGCUUGUUCCCGUUGGAAGCCCAGGAGAGCUGCUGCUCGAGGGACCCACCCUUGCUCGGUGUUACAUCAACAACCAGCAGAAGACGGACGAGGUCUUCAUAUACAACCCUGCAUGGACAAAGCGUGAUUCCAAACGUGGCGAUCGAAGAUUUUACAAGACCGGAGACUUGGUAAGGUACAACUCUGACUCUGGCUCGCUGACUUUCAUAGGAAGAAAAGACACGCAGAUCAAACUUCACGGCCAGCGAAUCGAGCUGGGUGAGAUUGAACACACUAUCAGCACUCUCCCCACAGUCAAGCACUGCAUAGCAUUCCUAUGCAAAUCAGGAUUCGCAAAUGGAAAGGUAGUGGCCGUGGUCUCUCUGAAACAAGAAUUAUCCGUGGACCCCAUGCCACUCAAGCUUCUCCCCCAUUCAAAGAGAGCCCAUGUUACUGCGGAAUUUCGCGAGCAAUUGUCGAAGCGCCUACCUACAUACAUGAUUCCUGCAGUAUGGCUGUGCGUUGAAGCCUUGCCAUUGAUGCCAUCCGGGAAAUUGAACAGGAAGGAGAUUGUAAAAUGGGUUACAGACUUGGAAGAUGAUAUCCACGCCCAAAAUGCCGAGUCUGAGGUCACCGAGUCUCCGAAUCCCACGCAUCUGGUACUCACAGUGGAAGAUCGGCUGGCGUCUAUAUGGAGUCGUGUCCUCGCCAUACCUCGUGACAAGUUGAGUCUUGAAGACGGGUUCCUCACUCUCGGCGGCGACUCUAUAGCUGCAAUAACCUGCAUGGGCUACUGCAAGAAACAGGGCAUGGGUGUCACGGUGCAGGAUGUGUUGCAAAGCAAAUCAAUUCGAGAUCUCGCCACUCGAGUUCAGGAGACCAAGAAGGUUGUGGAAUACCAUGAGUCAACUGACGAGCCUUUCGAACUUUCUCCUAUCCAGAAGCUUCAUUUCAUGGUCCGAAAGGAGGGCCAGGGCUACUUCAAUCAGAGUAUGCGUACCCGAGUGAACCGACGAGUCAGCGCGCACGAUCUACGGUAUGCGAUAGAAGUGAUCAUUGAGCGACACUCCAUGCUCCGAGCACGACUUGUUGAAGAUACUGCUACAGGAGCGCUCCGACAGCGUAUCAGCAAAGAGAUAGACACAUCCUACCGGUUGCGAGUUCACGAUAUUGAACGGCCGAUUGAGAUGGAAAGUGCCAUUUCGGCAAGCCAAUUGUGUAUCAACGCAUUCGAAGGGCCGCUCAUGUCGGUCGACCUUUUCUAUACGAAUGAAACUUGCUUCUUAUCAAUGGUUGCUCACCAUCUUGUCGUCGACAUCGUAUCAUGGAGAAUCAUUAUCGAGGACCUUGAAGAUAUCCUACUUCACCCCGAAGACAAGACAAUACUCACCAAUUCUCUUCCGUUCUCAGUUUGGUGUUACCUGCAAGACGAGCGGGCAGUUAGCCUCGGCGGAUAUCUGGAAGAUGUGCCCUCAACCGAAUUUGCUUAUUGGGGUAUGGAAAAUCAGGUUGCGACGUACGGAGAUGCCACUUGCGAAACGUUUGAACUUGGAAUCGAUGAUUCGAGCUCUAUAUUGAUGGAUUGCCACAAGAGCCUCGGAACCGAAGCGGUUGACGUCUUACUAGCAUCGCUUCUGCAUGCAUUUGGCCAAACCUUCAGAGACCGGUCAUUGCCAGCAAUAUAUAAUGAAGGACAUGGAAGAGAAUCUUGGGACUCAUCAAUUGAUAUCUCCCGCACGGUUGGUUGGUUUACAACAGUCUCUCCAAUCUUUAUCGAGGGUCAAGUGGCAGAUGACCCGGUCGACACAGUCGUGCUCGUGAAGGACCUUCGCCGCCGCCUCAUAGACAACGGAAGGCAACAGUUUGCAACAGUCAUGUCAACCACGACAGAAGAUGAGAGAAAGAGACCCCUUUGCCCAAUGGAGAUUUCCUUCAACUACGUCGGCCAGCAUCGUGAUCUGCAACGACAAGAUGGCUUAUUCCAACUCUUGAACCAGAUGGCCGGUGAGACUGGUCAGGGCGGAGGGUCAUCAGACUACGGAAAAGAUACUCCUAGAUUCGGGCUGUUUGAGGUAUCGGCUCUUGCUGUGAACGGAAGACUACGUUUCAUCUUCUCCUUCAGCAAGUAUAUGAAACAUCAGGAAAAAAUCCGCGCUUGGAUCGCCAGCUGCAGUGAGGUACUCAAAUAUCUCGGAAAGAGACUCCAGGCAAUCGGCAUGCGACCAACACUGAGUGAUUUCCCGAUGCUAUCCUUGACGUAUCCAACCCUUGAGAACAUGCUGGAGAAGAAACUGCCCAGCAUUGGAGUGAGCUCACCAGGGAUUAUAGAAGACAUCUAUCCCUGUACUCGUAUGCAGGAGGGUAUCUUACUUGCCCGGUCUAGGGACAGCUCCCUGUAUGCCGUUCACGAUACUUACGAAGUAAGAGGGCUAAAUGGCAAGCCUGAAGCUGCAAGAUUUGCGGAAGCUUGGCAUACGGUUGUUUCCCGUCAUGCGAUGCUACGAACUUUGUUCGUGGAAAACCUGACAAGUCAGGACCUAUAUUCUCAACUGGUCUUGAAAUUCUGCGAGCCACCCAUCCUUCACCUGAGCUGUUCGGACGAUGUUGACGUGGUAUCAACCUUCAACAAUCAGCCUCCCGUUGUCUACAAUGAAUGCAAGCCGCACCAUCGCCUGAUGCUAUGCCAGACAGCAAGCGGCAGACUGUUCUUCCGGUUGGAACUGAGCCACGCAGUUAUGGAUGGCGUAUCCAUUGCAGUCAUUUUGAGGGACAUACAGCUCGCGUACGACGGAAAACUCAGUCAGCGCAGGCCGCUGUUCAAAGCCUACAUCCAAUAUAUGCGCAAUAGGUCACAAGUCUCUAGCCUUGGGUACUGGAACAAGUACCUGGCCGGCCUCGAACCAUGCCUUUUCCCUACGCUGUCUGAUGGCAAGAAGGCCGCUCAAAAGCAGCUCAUGAUCUUGCGCCCUAGCUUUAAUUUGUUCCAUGACCUACAAUUAGUCUGCGACGAUAACCGCUUGACGCUGUCAACAGCUUUUACUGUCGCCUGGGGACUCACACUUCACCUCUUCUGCAGCUCAAACGACGUUUGCUUCAAUUAUACGACGUCUCUGAGAGACUCCAUGGUUGAGGAUAUUGAGUCAGUCGUUGGACCUGUUAUCAAUGUGCUUGCAUGUCGAAUGAAGAUUUCCAGGGACGGUUUGCUUGGCGACCUCAUGCAGCAGGUUCAGAGCGACUGUAUGGAGCAGCUCGCGCACAACAACGUAUCACUCAUUGAUAUUACGCACGAACUCCAGCUCUCCGACAUAGCGCUGUCCAACACAAUGAUCUCAUUCCAGAAGGUCACCAAGUCAGAGGCGUCCUCUACCGAAAGCAUAAGUUGUUCUCGAUUCUGCCCAAUUCAGGAUCCCGCCGAGUAUCCCUUAUUUGUCAAUGUCGUGGCGACAGACAAGGCGGCGGAAAUCGAGGUGAACUACUGGACGGAUACCUUGUCCGAUGAACAGGCAGAGAAUGUUACUAGCACUUUCCUCAAAUGCCUCGAGAACAUUGUUCGUCACCAAGGGGAACAAGUUGGCCACCUGGAAACAUUGAGCGACUGGAAUAAGCAGCGCUUACGAAAGUGGAACAAACAGCCACCCGAGGAAGCUGAUCUCUCUGUGCAGGACAUCAUCCAAGAGAAGGCACUUUCUCAGCCAGAUACACCUGCCAUCAUAUCCUGGGACAGAACUCUAAAUUACAGCGACCUCGAGCAUCUGUCGACUUGUCUGGCUGCGUAUCUUUCGCAACUCGGCGUACGAAAGGGAACCCUGGUGCCAAUUUACUUCGACAAAUCCGUCUGGCAAAUCGUGGCUAUACUGGCUGUUUUCAAGGCUGGGGCCAUAUGCGUGCCCAGAGAUGAGGUGCAACCAGAGAACGACUUGGAUAGAUGGCUUGUUGACCACGGUGCACACACUGGAGUGACGUCUCCUUCUGGUGCUGAAUCGCUAGAAGGGCAGUUCCCUACCGUCGUCAGCGUUGAUGAAUCACUCUUCGACUUCCUCAUGGGUCCAAAUACUACCAAUCUUUCUCACACACAGCCUUACGAUGACAGCUACGUUGUCUUCGGCUCUAAUGGCACCCAUGAGUCUUCUGCGAUUGUUCUGGACCAACGCGCAAUCUUGGCCCGAGCAGCAGCUUUUGCAUCAGCAGCCCAUAUCACUUCAGGCACAAAAACAUUCCAAUAUGCGCCCUAUACCUCAGAUAUAUACCUCCAGGAAGUCAUUGGUACCUUUAUGUCAGGGGGCUGUGUUUGUAUUCCCAGAAAUGAUUCCCUAAGCCAGCUGUCCGAGUCGAUUAACGAGACGAAUGCGAACCUCGUCAGCCUCACUCCAUCAAUUGCUUCUUUUCUCCGACCCUCAGAUGUACCGAGCAUCCGAGUGCUUGCCCUUGUUGGUGAAACUCCAUCGAGUGAGAUUGAACAAGUGUGGUCAGAACGCGUUCAAGUCCUCUCUUUCAUGGGACCAGUUGAGUGCUCCUCCACCUGCAUCCAAUUCUCAAUCACCAAAAGUUCGAGCACACAAUCUGUCACUGGAAUAGUUCUAGGAUGCUGCUCGUGGAUUGUUGACCUUUGUGACUCCUCCCGCUUAGUUCCCGUAGGAUGCGUCGGUGAGUUGGUGAUAGAGGGCGCUGGCGUAGCUCGUGGCUAUCUGCGCGAUGAGGAACAGACCGAACAGAUGUUUCCUCGGAAAGACUAUGGUGUUGUCGAGUCCUUGGAGCGGCCAUACUCUCUGUUCCCGAAGCGGCGGCCGCAAAUGUUUAGAACAGGGUAUUUGGUUCGCUACAACACCGACGGAACCCUAGUGUACUUGGGAAAGAAGAGUGACUCAGUGGAUCAAAAGCCACAAAUGCUUGGUCUUGAAAUCGAACAAUUCUUGGGUAAACAGUAUACCCCAGGCCAUCGCUGUGUUGUUGAGUCACUCUAUCUGGGGAUCGAAGAGUACCCGAAGACUUGCAUUGCUGUUUUCGUCCUUUCAACAACGGACCAACCGACUAUCACUACAGAGCAGACGUCGAGAAUUUUGUCGAAGACCAUCGACUUCCAAGUGCUCAUGAAUAAGCUAUAUACUGCUCUAGCAGCUUCGUUGCCUGCAAGCCAGGUUCCCAGCCUGUACUUCCCUGUGUCAGGACUGCUAUUGACACCGCUGGGAACAGUCGAUCGCUCAUGUCUGAGGGAUGCAGCACGAAAUCUUCCGGCUACCUCUCUACUUGAGUACGAUGUGAAGAAGUUUGGAGAUUUCUGGCGGCAUCAACUAGAAAAGCCGCCACUUUCUGGGAAGUUCCUUAUGCAGCCAUUUUCACUCCAAGGACCACCGGCCCCGAAGAUGAUCGAAACAAGCCUGACAGUAUCAUGGAGUGGAGCCUUGCGAAAGUCCAACGCAAGACCUGUGUUACUAUCUGCUUGGGCGUUGGCCAUCCACAGCUACACGCAAUGUGACGAUACAAUAUUUGGCGAGCUGCUGGCCGACCCCGGAAAUCGCACCAAUUCGUCAGAGCAGCUUUCACCACAGGCAACGAUGAUCCCUCGUCGGAUUCGGGUCCACGACUCACUCAGCAUUUCUGAUGUUCUGGACCAAACUUCCUCUUCUUUGGCCAAAGCUGGACCGUUCGAAAGAACGCCAAUUUCGUCAAUCAGGAACAUCAACGCUGACACCGCCCGGGCUUUGGACUUUGAGUCCACGCUUUCGAUAUCGGCCAUGAGUAUUGAACAGCAGGGUCUUCACUUGAAAAGCCUAGAAAACCAAGAACGUCUACAUUCCGAGCUUGGCGUGUGCCCACUUGCGGUUCUCUGUGCAAUCGAAGAGACUGGAGUGAAUCUAACGGCUCGUUAUGAUGAUAGGGCCAUGUACAACUCCCAAGUUGACCAGCUACUAGCGCUGUUCGGCGAAUGCUUGGAUAUUUUCAGAUCGUCUGCUGCUCUGGAAGAGAGAAUCGUCGAUCUUCCAAAGAAAGGUGGAAGCCUUCAAGUCUUCAAUGAUACCGUCGACUACUGGAAAGAGCACUUGGCUGAUAUCGAGCCAUGUCUGUUCCCAGAGCUGACUCCGAAGAGAGAGCAGGGCAAGUUCUGCACCAUGAGCUUACAACUAUCGAAUGCGUCAGAAAUACAACGUGUAUGCAACGACUUGGCAAUCACUCCGAACCUCUUUCUCCAGACCGUUUGGGCCUUAGUCCUUCGAUGCUAUACAGGCCUGGAAGAUGUUUGCUUUGGCUACCAUAUUCACGAGAAGAACGCUUCGUCUUGCAUAUUACCUUGCCGACUUAACCUGAACGAUAAUCUGGAGUUACGAGACGUCAUGCAAGAAAGGAAAAUGGAUGCCGAGCGCAUGUUGAACCACCGGAUGUCGCUUUUCGAGAUUCACCGCGCUAUCAAGUCUGAAAACGCUUCAAUCUUCAACACUGUUUUCAGAUAUAAGGAAUCCACUUCAGCAGUUGCUGAGUCCAGCAAUGCUAUUUUUGACUCGUUGAACGAGAACUUAGGCCAGUAUCUCAUGGUUGUCAACGCCAGUGUCUCUGGCUCUUCAGCGGAGAUCAACUUCGAUUAUCAGCCAACGAGCCUUUCGGAAACAGAUAUGGGCCAUUUGAUUGAUUGUUAUGAAUGCACCAUGAACUCUGUUUUAUCUCUCCUUGAACCAGGCCGAUUGAUCAGAGAUGUUGAUUUCUUUGGCCGAAGUUCCUGCCAGGCAGUGAGCUCCUGGAACGCUACCCUUCCUGCACAACCAACGCGAUGUGCACACGCCAUCAUUCAUGAGCAGGCACUGGCGCAUCCUGCAGCACCCGCCAUAUGUUCAUGGGACGGAAAUUUUACUUACGCACAACUUGACUUCUUGACAACCAAGCUUGCCAGUCACCUGGUAAACCGAGGCAUUGGCCCAGAAGUCUUCGUUGGUCUCUGCUUUGAGAAGUCCGCCUGGGCUGUCAUUGCGCAGGUUGCUGUUCUAAAGGCUGGCGGAGCUUUUGCGUCACUAGACCCUGCCCACCCAGAAGGCCGCUUGCAAGGCCUUGUCAAUGAUAUUGCCGCCCCAAUUGUACUGUGCUCGACCCGAUAUCUGGAGAAAGCGUCUCGUAUUUGCAAGGCUGCACUGGCCGUGAAUCAUGAUGCGCUUGAAAAGAUUCCCAACCCACCAGCAGUACGAAGACUGCCGACUACAAAUGUCCACAAUGCAGCUUACGCCAUCUUCACCUCAGGGACGACCGGAAAACCGAAAGCCACCGUUAUCGAACAUGCCGCACUCGCCGUUGCCUCUUCAUGUUUUUCAAGGAUCUUGGGCAUUGAUUCAAACACCCGCCAAUUGCAAUUCUCAAGCUACACCUUCGAUGCUAGCAUUCUUGAGAUAUCAAUUACUCUCAUGGUAGGGGCAUGCGUAUGCAUGCCUGGUGACGAAGAGCGCAUGAACGACCUGGCUGGAGCAAUCACGAGGAUGAAGGUGAACUCCGCGUUCUUCACCCCAACGGUUCUAAGCACACUAGACCCGAACAGAGUCCCGACGCUGGAAAGAUUAUACGUCGGAGGCGAGAAGGUUACAGAGACCCAUGUUAUGCGUUGGACGGGCAGACGGCUCCGGUUCUUCGAAGCGUACGGACCCUCUGAGUCUACUAUAUUCGCCACGGCAAGUUUAAAGAUCAACCAAGACGGCGUGCUAGUGGAUGAUGACUGCAGUUCCAUUGGUACAGCCCUGUGCGGAAGAACCUGGAUCGUCGAUCCUCACAAUCAUAAUCGUAUUCUUCCGGUUGGUGCUGUCGGAGAGCUCGUGAUGGAGGGAGACAUUAUUGCCCGCGGCUACCUCAACAAUCCCAAGAAGACGGAGGAAGUGUUUAUCUCGCAGCCUCAGUGGUCCAAAGAGCCUGGGCUUCGGGAUGUGUUUAGUCACACUAGCCGCAUGUAUUUGACUGGUGACCUGGUGCGCUACAAGUCUGACGGAAACAUUUGCUUCAUUUCUCGCAAAGACACGCAGGUCAAACUCAAUGGGCAACGCAUCGAGCUGGAAGAGAUUGAGCAACAGUGCACACUGUUGUCACCGGAAAACACACAAGUCGCUGUCGAAGUCGUGGUGCCGGAGACAAAGUCGGUAGCGAAGACUUUGGCAGCCUUUAUUACCGUCGAUGGACACGACUCACGAAGUGCAGCAUCGGAGCAGAUCAUGUCCCCGAGCUUACUCCUUCCUCUCUCUGAAUCUGUCCAAAAGGCAAUCGGAAAGCUUCACAGCUCGCUAAGCCGGGUCCUACCGCAGAUCAUGAUACCCAAGCUCUACUUCCCGGUUCAAUAUCUACCCCUAAGCAGCACCGGCAAGCUCGACCGAAAAGGGCUGCGAGCGAUGGUUCAAGGUCUUUCCAAAGAGCAACUAAGAUCUUACAUGAUUAUGAACUCCGGAUCAGGCCGCGCGGUGACACAAGCAGCAGAGUCGACCCUUCGAGACCUAUGGGCGAAGGUUCUCGAAAUUGAACCUGGUUCUAUCAGCGCUGAAGACAGUUUCUUUGGAAUCGGCGGUGAUUCAUUCUCUGCCAUGAAGUUGGUGGUAGCCGCAAGGGCUCAAGAUAUCUCUUUGACGGUUGCCCAGAUCUAUGAGCACCCUGUUCUUGUAGACAUGGCUAAGUGCUGUGCGGAUGCCGAGGAGGUUACGCAAAGACCGGAUCUCGAGCCUUUUACUAUGGUCCCUGACUCAACACCGUUGCCCGAUACUCUUGAGGAAAUUUCUGAACAGUGUUGUGUCGCCAAAGAUUCGAUUACCGAUAUCUAUCCAUGCACUGCAGUGCAGGAAGGGCUGUUGACUCUCUCCAUCAAGAACCCGGGAGCCUACGUUGCUCGGGUUCCCUAUCGCCUUUCUCCAAAUGUUAAUCUUGAGAAAUUCAAGGCCGCCUGGCAGCAGACCGUGGACGAACUCGACAUUCUUCGAACCCGAAUUGUCCACAUUGAAGAUGUUGGAUUCUUGCAAGUUGUCAUCAAGAGGGAAAGGAUCUCCUGGACCCUUGAGACUUCACUUGAGAAUGUGACUGAUGAUACCGUCGAGGGUAGCGGAGCUCUGCUGGCGAAGUACGCGAUUGUCCAAAUUGGGCCUUCUGUUCGCUACUUCGUGUGGACCAUCAAUCAUGCGCUCUACGACGGCUGGAAUGUCCCACAAAUUCUCAAAAGGGUCGAGGAUGUCUACGCCAGUUCCUCGACUGAGAACUCGACUGUUCCGUACAAGUUCUUUAUCAAUCAUCUGCUCCAGCGCGAUAUGCAGCAGUCGGAUGACUUCUGGAAGGCAUACCUUGACGGUCUCUCUUGUGAGCCCUUCCCUCCGCAGAAAAACAAUGACUCGAGUUCCACUGGUGCAGGCAGUAUCCAACGCCGCAGUUUUGAUAUCUCAAGGACAUCACGAGCCAGUGAUGUUACGAUUCCAGAACUGAUUCGCUCCGCAUGGGCUAUUGUGAUUUCCGCCCACACUGGCUCUGGUGAUGUCUGCUUUGGUGAAACCCUUUCGGGAAGAAAUGUCAAUAUGCCAGGCAUCGCGGACGUUGCAGGACCAGCUAUCACCACUGUGCCCAUGCGCGUACGGGUCGACAACAAGCUUCCGAUAAGUCAGUAUCUGUCCGAUGUCCGCCAGGUAACUGCAGCUAUGAUACCGCACCAGCAUCACGGUCUUCAGCGAAUUCAGAAGCUCAGCGGCGACGCAGCGCUUGCAUGCAAAUUUCAGAACCUGCUCGUGAUACAGUCGGACAACGCCCAGCUCAAUGAGGACAUUUGGAGUUGGGCGGAACAGGAGACACAAGGGGACUUUUUCACAAAUCCCCUUGUUGUUCAAUGCCAGGUCUCCGGUUCCAAACUACUGAUUCAGGCCAACUAUGAUGAAAUGAUACUCGACAGCUGGCAGGCAGAAAGGCUCUUAGGGCAGUUCGGCUUUGUGCUUGAGCAACUUCUCAACGUUCCUCGAGACAGCCCAAUGACGGUGGGCGCUAUUGAUGUCGCCAGUCCUCUGGAUAAACAAAGCAUUGCCAGCUGGAACCAGCGACAGGUGACAUGCAUCGACAAGUGCGUCCAGGACUUUAUCCGCGAGAAUGCUCUGAUGCAGCCGCAAGCACCUGCUCUCUGCUCGUGGGAUGGCGAGCUCAAUUACCAGGAGACGUUCGAGCUUGCUUCUUCCUUUGCGGCAUAUCUCGUGUCCUGCGGAGUUGGGCCGGAAACUUAUGUACCCGUUUGUGUGGACAAGUCUGUUUGGGCAAUAGUCACUAUCCUGAGUGUUCUACUUGCAGGAGGCGCUUUUGUCCCACUCGAUCCUUCGCAUCCUGCCUCAAGGCACAAGGAGAUUUUGGAAGAGAUAGAGGCAGAUAUAAUACUCUGCUCCUCGCAACUCCGCAAUCGAUAUCUUGGUUCCGUCAGCACUAUCAUUCCGGUGAGCAAGGCCACAAUACUAGCCUACAGCGCAGUCACGACAACCAAGAAAGAGCGGUUCACCACCAGUCCGUCAAAUGCGGCGUAUGCAAUCUUUACGUCAGGCAGUACAGGGCGACCUAAGGGCAUCGUUGUUGAGCACCGAGCAGUAUGCAGCAGCAUCAUUGGGUUUGCUCCCGUUGUUGAGCUGAACAAAGACUCCAGGGUCUUCCAGUUUGCAUCCCUCACCUUCGACGCAGCUAUACUCGAAGUACUCGGUACUUUGAUGCUAGGAGCCUGCAUAUGCAUUCCGAGCGAGGACGAGCGCUUGAAUGACAUUCCACGUGCCAUACAACGAAUGAACGUGUCAUGGAGUUUCUUGACGCCCUCUGUUGCUAGCAUCAUUGAGCCGUCAUCUGUGCCAUCUCUGCAAGUUGUUACUUGUGGAGGCGAAGCCCUAUCUAGCGAAGUAGUGAAGACUUGGAAGCACCACGUGAAUUUCAUCGGAGCAUAUGGCCCUACUGAAACCGUUGUGUUUGCGCUUGUGGCUCGGGACUAUGUCAACCAUGGCUCUACCUGCAUCGGUUACGGGCAUCCGAAUACCUUAACCUGGAUUGUUGACCCAGACGAUCAUGAUCGACUCACGCCUCUGGGAGCUGUUGGGGAACUUGUACUUGAAGGCCCAACUCUUGCGAGGGAAUACCUCAAGAACCCCACGAAGACAGCCGAAAACUUUGUGAGUGAACCCGCGUGGAUUAAGAACUUUUCGAGCUCUUUGCCUUCUCCAAGGAGAAUAUACAAGACUGGUGAUCUCGCGAAGUACAACUAUGACGGAUCGAUUGAGUACCUCGGCCGCAAAGACCACCAGGUAAAGCUGCACGGACAGCGUAUGGAGCUGGGAGAGAUUGAGCACCGCUUGCUUGCGAACCAGACCGUUCGAAACGCGGUAGUCAUACUUCCCCAGACAGGUCCUCUACGGCAGAAGCUGGUUGCAGUUAUGUCUUUGAAGUCGCUCACGUCUGAUUCGAACAUGAUUGCGACGGGUGCUUGCGAGCUCGCAAGCCAGAAGGAUAUGCUGAGAGUUGGACACCUGGAGGCCAGUGCAAUUCAAAAGAGGGUCGAGGAGCAGCUCCCUCACUACAUGGUGCCCCAAGCUUGGGCAGUGAUCAAGAACAUCCCAAUGCUUGUCUCUGGGAAGUUGGACAGGAAACGGAUUUCCAGUUGGCUCGAACAACUUGACGAGUCCGCUUACGAUCGUAUCAUGCAAGACUAUGAUGAUGCUACGCCUGAUACCAUUGAAGAAGAGAAUGAGGAUCAGGGCGAGCCCGACACAAUCCCUGAAACCAUCCGAGAUAUUUUCGCCCAGGUUCUCAAUCUACCCAUCCACAAGGUCGACCCCGAUCGAUCAUUCAUCUACCUCGGUGGAGACAGCAUCACCGGUAUGGCGGUAGUAUCGAAGGCUCGUAAAUGCGGGCUUAAUCUGACACUCAACCGCAUUCUCCAAGCGAAGUCGAUCGAAGAACUUGCUGCAUCAUGUGACACUAGGCUGCUUCCAACGAAGAGCGUAACCGAAUCGUGCAGUCCAUUCGCACUAUCUCCAAUUCAAGAGUUGUUCUUCCGCUCGUCCCCCACUGUGCUGAAAGGAUCCGGGCGAUUCAACCAGAGCAUCACUGUUCGUCUUGCAAACAGGGUUGAGCCGACUGUCGUGGAGGAUGCUAUUAGGGCUGUUGUCCGAAAGCACUCCAUGCUCAGGGCUCGCUUCAGCAAGUCUACAGAUGGAACGUGGCAACAAAGAAUUACCAGUGACGUUGAUUCAGCUUACAACUUCCGCGCCCACUUUGUCAAGAGUUCUAGCGAUAUGCUAAGCAGAGUUGCCAAAACUCAGUGUUCUCUGAACAUUCAAAUGGGACCUGUAGUCGCAGCAGACCUUUUCGACGAAGACGGCGAGCAGAUCCUUUUCCUGGUAGCUAGUCACCUAUGUGUGGAUGUGGUUUCCUGGCGCAUUGUCCUUCAGGAGCUCGAGGAUUUCAUCAAGACCGGGUCGCUUUCUUCUGACACGCCUCUGUCAUUCCAGUCCUGGUGCAAUGUUCAGCGUGAUGGCAGCAAGAGUUUUAACAAAACUAUUGCUAGUCAGCCACCAGAUCUCAACUACUGGGGCAUGAGCCGGACACCCAACAACUACGGCCAUGUCGAGAUAGAAAGUUUCACUCUGGACAAACGUGCCACUGCGUUCGUUUCUCGCCACUGUCAUGCGAUUCUGCGGACCGAGACAGUAGAGGUCUUGCUUGCUGCAGUUCUCUACUCCUUCAAUCGCGUCUUUACUGACAGGAAUGCCCCAACGAUCUUUAAUGAGGGGCAUGGGCGUGAGACUUGGGAUUCUUCUGAACCCUCAGGAACAGUUGGUUGGUUUACGACCAUGAGUCCUUUGCAUGUUCAAACUGGCUCGGACCUGCUUGAUACGAUAAAACGAGUCAAGGACACACGCCGCCAAAUCAGUGAACUCGGCCGUGCUUUCUUCGCCCACAACAUGUUGCAUUCUCGCAGCAACGGCGACAGCGUCAAGUUCUCCGCGCCUUUCGAGAUUAUAUUCAACUAUCUUGGCCAGCUCCAACAACUAGAGCGCGAUGGGUCAAUCUUCCAGCACUACGGGGAUGUGUUCAGUGCCAAAUCAAUGGACUCAGCGAGCGACAUGGGACGUGACACGCCGAGAUUCGCUCUCUUCGAAGUUACUGCGUUGAUAGUAAAGGAGCAACUUCAUGUUUCGUUUAUUUACAACCGCAACAUGCGUCACCAGGCUCAAAUUCAAUCUUGGGUGGCUGAGUGCAAACGCGUGCUCGAAACAGACAUGCCCAAGCUCAAGGAUGUCCCUCCGCAGCCUACACUGAGCGAUUAUCCGUUGCUUCCCAUUACCUAUGAUGAGAUGCAAGACUUGACAGAAAAUGUGCUUCCAAGCCUUGGUAUAGCGGGCUGGAACCAGGUCGAGGAUAUUUAUUUUUGCUCUCCGAUUCAAGAGGGUAUCCUCUUCAGCCAGCUACGGGAUCCGCACGAAUAUAUAUUUAACGUGAUAUUUGAGCUUCGGCGAUCCGGUGGAAAUGGCGAUAUCGACCUCGCAAGACUCAAGAGAGCGUGGUCAAUGGUUGUCGCUCGUCACUCGAUCCUGAGGACGGUUUUCAUUGAGAGCUGCUGCAAAGGAGGAUCUUUCGACCAAGUCGUGAUCAAAGAAGCUAGCGAGGAAGCCCUCGAUAUUGAGUGCGACGAUUCAGAUGCUAUGGAUCAACUUGACGCCCUUAGCCUUCGGAACAGGGGCAAGUCUUCUGACCGCUAUCACCAGGUGAUCUUCUGCAAGACGUCAAUAGGGCGGGUGCUGAUGAAGCUCGAAAUGAACCACGUUAUCAUCGACGGCGGCUCGGCUUCCAUCCUGCUGAAGGAGCUGGCACUAGCCUACGGCAACCAGCUUCCUCCGGGGCCUGGACCGCUAUUCAGCGAAUACAUCAAAUACCUCAAGGAGGAGGGUGCGUUUGAAGCCCUGGAUUACUGGAAGCUUCGUCUCUCAUGUGUCCGUCCAUGCUACCUACCAGUUGCUGCGAGCAAAAACGGCUCUCGGCAACUCGGCACUCAUAUGGUGGCAUUCAACCGCUUUGCUGCGCUUCAAAGUUUCUGCGAGACGAAUUCAAUCACGUUCGCCAACCUGAUUCUCGCGGCAUGGGCGAUUGUUCUUCGCAGCUAUACAAAGUCCGACGAUGUCUGCUUUGGCUAUCCGUCAACUGGCCGCGACUUGCCUGUGCCUGGGAUCCAGGAUGCCGUGGGUAUAUUUAUAAACACGCUGUGCUGUAGGGUCAGGUUCCGAGCCAACCAUACCUUGCUGGAUAUCGCCAAGUCCGUGCAAGACGACCGCAUCGACAGCCUCCCGUACCAACGGUCUUCGCUUGCGGAAAUCCAGCAUGCGCUUGGUAGGAAGGGAGAGCCUUUGUUCAACACGUGCAUGUCCAUACAAAACGGCUCAGUGGGUAAGGUCGAGGUUGGAGAAUUCUCAUUCGUGAUGCAGAAGGCACAUGACCCCUGCGAGUACCCGAUUACGUUAAAUGUUGAGAGUGCGAAAGGCUCCGAGGGAAUUCUGUUGAGAUACUGGGUUGACGCUGUCUCCGAGGCAAAGGCGGCUGCCUUCGCCAGCGCUAUUGCUGAAGUCCUUACCUGCUUCUUGGAGGACUCAACUAGACCAGUUUCAGCCUUGAGGAUCCGGGAGGAAGAGAAUACUACUGCCACUGGACCGUUCAUGGAUAGGAGCCUGCUUGAAAAGAUGGUCGAUGAGCGAAUUAAACUUGUCGUCAGCCAGAUGCUCGGAAACGGCAAAAUCGACACGUCUUGGAUGAAGAACCAUGGCGAUGACUUGUCGGAUGAUUUCGUCCAUAUCGAAAAGGAUAUUGAAGAGUCUCUCCAAGGAGUGGUGGUGGCAAGGGAAAAGACGCCUGCAUCCUCUACGCAAACACUCGACACCGAGCACAGAACCCCAAUCGAUGCGGAGAGUCAGCUCUGGAGACUUUGGAGCAUAACACUGGGGCUGCCACCACAUCCUAUCAAGUAUCAAGACAGCUUCUUCAAGCUAGGUGGCGACAGCAUUACAGCUAUGAAACUGGUCCGCGCGGCACGCGACGAGGGAAUGAAGUUGAGCGUGGCUGAUGUGAUCAAGAACCCCGUGUUUGAGAAGAUGAUGGCCCUGGUUAACGACAGGAAGAAGAUCAUGGCUCUGGCUAAGACGGAAAAGCGCGAAGAUAGCGAUGAGAAGGUCGAAGAUAAGCCUUUGUUACCCCAGAGCGACUCCUCUCAAGAGCUCUCCAUCUUGAGGCCGAUGCCAGUCCAGUUUGACGACAGGUCCCUGCGUGCAGCAAUCUCCCCAAAGGUUGGUGUCUUCAAGGGGGGUAUAGUCGACGUUCUACCAGUAACGGACUUCCAAGCUCUCUCGCUAACGGGGACCAUGUUCGAGUCGAGGUGGAUGUUAAAUUACUUCUAUCUUGACGGAAAGGGUGCCAUAGAUAUGCGGCGGUUGAGGGAGAGCUUUCUGCGUGUUGUUGACGCUUUCGAUAUUCUCCGGACCGUCUUCGUGUGCUUCCAUGGACAGUUUUACCAAGUGGUUCUCCGCAAGGUCAAGCCUGAUAUCUUCGUCCAUGAAACGGAUAAGAGUCUGGAUGAGUACAGCAAUUCCCUUCAGCAACGCGACAAGAAGCAAUCUCCAGGGCAAGGUCAGCAAUGUGUACAGUUCUAUGUUGUGCGCAAGGCCAAUAGCGACGAGCACCGGAUUCUCAUCCGGCUGUCACACGCGCAGUACGACGGAUUCUGCCUGUCGAAGAUCAUGACUGCUAUCAAGAUGGGAUAUGAGGGCAGUCCCAUUUCGCCUUCAUCUUUCUUGAAUUACAUGCGACUUCUACCUGGGAAUAUCACACCUGAGCACUACCAGCAUUGGAGCAAUCUGCUCAAGGGCUCGAAAAUGACCCAAAUCAUCCAGCGGGACAGGCUAAAUACCUUCCAGCAUGUUGGUGGCUACACGCAGAAGGCAAAGGUCAUUGAGAUUCCUUCCAGUGCCACGGAAAAUGUCACCAUUGCCACAGUCAUGCAGUCUGCGUGGGCAAUCACCCUUGCAAAGAUGUGUGCUCAGGACGAUGUUGUUUUUGGCCUCACUGUAAACGGACGAAAUGCGGUUCCCGGAGCCGAGGGCAUAGUCGGACCAUGUCUCAACUUUAUCCCUAUUAGGGUUAAGUUCAAAGAGCGCUGGACCGGUUUGGAUCUGUUCCGUUUCCUCCAGGACCAACAGGUAGCGAAUAUGACCUACGAGUCGUUGGGGUGCAGGGAGAUCGUCAGGCGCUGCACAGACUGGCCCGAAUCGACGUUUUUCACGACAUCCGUCCUUCAUCAGACCCUCGACUACGAAGGGCAGAUGCAGCUGGACAAUCAUACGUACAAGAUGGGCGGCUUCGGAGUCAUCGAUAACCUUACAGACUUGAUGCUCUUCUCCAAACCUCUUGCCGGCCAGCCCACCCAGAUCAACGUCGCCAUAGGAUACUCCAACAAGGGCCCUAUCCCCUCAAGCUUCGUUUCCACAUUGCUAGACAUGGUCUGCGAAACAGCGCAGAGCCUCGUCGCCAACCCUAACCUCGCCCUCCCGUCUCCAUCCACCAUCCGCUCUCUACCACCCCAGCUCGUCGAAGACACGCCCACAGCCGAAAGCAGGGACAGUCUCCUACUCUCCUCACUCAACGACCACAGUCUCUCUGAAAUUCUCGCGCAUUCUGCUCUAGUUACCCGUAUCUGGCAACAAGUCCUCCAGCCCCGAUCCAGCGCCGGCAAACUACAAACAUCCUACCAGCUCGACUCAUCCUUCUUCGGACUCGGCGGAGACAUCGCCAAUGUUGCCCAGGUCGUCUGGAUCAUCGAGCAGGAAACUGGCUUGCAUGUCCGUAUAGAGGAUCUGCUAGCACACUCAACCUUCCUCGGCCAUAUGGCUGUGGUGGCAUUGAAUAUGACAAAGCGUGAUGCUGAUGUGGACUCUUCUGAUACUGCGCCCGCACCGGCUUAUGCCCCUGUGGAUGCAAGGACACCAUCAAGGACUGUUUCCGUUUCUAGGCAAGACGUGCCCCGGCUUCCAGCUUCAAAGAGCGAGUGGAGUGCCCUUGACAGGGCUAGAAUCCUGGCGAAGAAGAUCACUAGGCUUGGGGGUCUGGCUACGAGGGUGUAA